AUGGCGAAUGAUCAAAUGAAAUCCGUGGCAUCCUUGCUCUUAGUCCUAAACUUCUGCAUGUACGCCAUCGUUCUGGGUAUCGGAGGAUGGGCCAUGAACAAAGCCAUUGAUCAUGGCUUCCUCAUUGGACCUGGGUUCGAACUCCCGGCUCAUUUCUCGCCCAUUUACUUCCCGAUGGGGAAUGCUGCGACGGGAUUCUUCGUCACGUUUGCUUUGAUCGCCGGCGUGGUGGGUGCCGCCUCUGUAAUCUCCGGUUUAAACCACAUCCGUGCCUGGAAUUCCGAUAGCUUGCCGGCUGCUGCCUCCGCUGGCACCAUUGCCUGGACCCUCACUCUUCUCGCUAUGGGUUUCGCCUGCAAACAGAUUGAACUCGAAGGCAGGAACACCCGACUGAGAACCAUGGAAGCAUUUAUGAUCAUCUUGUCAGCGACCCAGUUGCUGUACAUAGCAGCCAUUCAUGGUGCUGCUUCUCUCAGAAGAUGA